ACCAAAUCAACCCAGCCCCCCAGCCCCCAACCCCAAACCAAACCACCAAAUUACCACCAAAUCCGUCAAAUCAAAUUGAAUAAAAAGUUGUGCGUGGUUGUCCGCCGUGCGGUUUCAACAAUUAACAAUUUAAUUUAACAGUAUUUAUUCAAGAUUACUUACUUAAUAAGAUUAAUAAAGGAACAAACAUAUUUUGUUUAAUAUAAAAUGGCAGACGUUGCAAAGAAGGUUCAGGACUAUAAGGAUUCCCUGAAACAAAAGGCAGAACACUUAAUUAUUAAAGGUUUUCCAGAGAAAAUAGUAAAGUUGAAUGAGCUUCUAGAAACAUCAAAUUUCCAAAAUCGAGAUCUUUCAGAUGUUCAUCAGGACUUAAACAUUCCAGUGCCACCACCAGCUCAGCUGAAUUAUGAACCCAACACAAAAAGACAACGCGUAGAUUCAUCUGAGGCAUCAAGUAACACAUCUAUAGAAGGUACAAAGGUGUACGCCCUGCCCAAUGGGACUGUGCCAUGCAACAAGCCACUCAGUGAUCUGAUUCAUCUUGUCAAACCUCAUAUUAGAGAGCUUGUUGAGGAUUCAAACUUGCUUAAAAUGUGGAUUUCAUUCAUGAUCCCCAAAAUUGAAGACGGCAACAACUUUGGUGUGUCAAUACAAGAGGACACCCUCGCAGAGAUACAGUCGGUGGAGUCGGAGGCGGCCGCGUUCUUCGAUCAGAUCUCACGGUAUUUCAUAUCACGGGCCAAGAUUGUCUCAAAGGUUGCUAAGUACCCACACAUUGAUGACUAUAGGAGAGCAGUGAGAGAGCUCGAUGAGAAGGAAUAUCUUUCUCUUUGGCUUGUGAUGUGCGAGAUUCGCAACCGCUACUGUUCGCUACACGACAUUGUCAUCAAGAAUCUAGAGAAAAUUAAAAAGCCGCGUUCAUCCAAUGCGGAAUCACUAUACUAGGUCCUAAUUUUAAUCUCAACUAGUAAUCUUAGACCUUGUGAAUUUUAAGGUUAUCUACCUAAAUUUAUAGGUCGCACCAAACUUAAUGGCCGGUCAAAAAUUAAGGUAGUCACUGAUCUGAAAGGCGAUUGUGAUCACACUGUCGUUUGCGAAUUGCGGUGCUAGAGCUGCUGUAUACAUUUAUCUGUCGAGACAAGUAAUUGAACAUCAGCUAUUUCAUUUUGAGAUCCACUUUCAGAAGCACUCGCCAUAUUUGCCCUAUAUCGACGGCUUUAGAGUGAAAACCUCGUAAGUGUAAAAGAAGUAACUUUUCAGGAGGAAGAAAAAACUGCGUGCUGUAACUAACAGAAGCGAGUAUU